AUGGCAGCUUAUGCAGCUUCAGUUUCUCUGAUGAAUCUUAUGGAGCAGAUCGAGAACCAUCCCCGCCUUUCGAUUUCUGUCGACGAGAACCAGAUUGAAUCUCUACGCGAGAAGAUCGGUUUCUUUUUAAAAUUCAUAGAGACUAAUACUCGUGGAGCUAUAAACAACGAAGCUCAAGUGCUGCUGAGCCAAAUUGCAUCUUCAGCCUAUUCGGCUGAAGAUGUAAUCAAAUCUCACGUUUUCGACCAAACUCACGCGAUGGAAGAUGCCAAAAGAAAGGUUACUAUAAUCAAGCCCACGAAUUCGAUGCCACUACUAUGUUGCCUCAAGGAAGCUGUAACCACUGAAUCUGAUCCAUUGCACCAAAUUAACGAUGGCUCGAUUUCCUUGCUCGAUCUCCAUACGGUAAUAGACGACAUGUAUUCCAUCAAGAAAAAGGUUAUGGAGUUCAAAGAUGAUUUGCAGCCCGCAUACUCGAUGCCUGUUACUACUACAACUUCUUCAUCAACACCUUUUACGAGUAUUACCGGAAAGAGCACGAUGGUGGGAUUUGAGGUCGAGUUGCAUGAACUUCUGGAGAGGCUCACCGGGCUACAAUCUAAUUUGCAAAUCAUUCCAAUCGUAGGCAUGGGCGGCAUUGGUAAGACUACUCUUGCCAAAUAUGCUUAUGAAAAUUCACUUAUUAUGCGACCUUUUUAUAUUCGUCGUUGGGUUACUGUAUCUCAAAAAUAUGAUGCCAGAGGGCUUCUUCUACAACUUCUUUCUGAGCAAAGUAGUGAGAUGGAUAGUAAAACUGACGAGCAAUUAGGCGAUGUGUUAUACACAAGGCUAUGCGGUCGGAAGUAUUUGAUUGUAAUAGAUGAUAUUUGGAGUGUCGAGGCUUGGGAGAAGCUAAAACGUUUCUUUCCAAACGACAAAAAUGGAAGUCGAAUUGUUGUCACUACAAGGAUAUUGGAUGUGGCUAACGACUUUGGCUCUUCGUGCCUUCGUGUGAAUUUUCUAGAUGAUGGUAAAAGUUGGAAACUAUUUUGUGAAAAGGCAUUUGGUGAUCAAUCCGGUUGCCCUUCUGAGCUAGAGGAUACCGGGAAGGAGAUUGUUAAGAAAUGCAAAGGACUUCCCCUUUCGAUUUCUGUGAUUGGUGGCCUUCUUGGAAGGUCCCAUAAGACGCAAGAAUAUUGGAAAAUUAUUUCAAAAGAUUUAAUCUCCAAUUUGAACCGCGAACAGGACGAGAAUUGCUCAAGUAUAUUAUCUUUGAGUUACACCUACUUACCUCCUCAUCUUAAACCAUGUUUUCUUUUCAUGGGAUUUUUCCCGGAAGACGAUAAGAUUCAUGUAUCCACAUUGAUCAAACUUUGGGUGGCUGAAGGAUUUAUAAAGCCGAAUAAAGCCCAAAGCUUGGAAGACAUUGCAAUAGGUCACUUCAAUGACCUCAUUGACAUGAAUCUCAUUUUGAGAUAUAGUUCUGAGGCAAAUGGAAGAGUUGCUUAUUGUAAGAUCCAUGAUCUUUUGAGGGACUUGUGUAUAAGGGUAGGUCACAGUGAGAAGUUUAUAUGUAUGAUGAAAGACGUUCCAAAAGGCAUACGUGUAGGAAUCCUAUCUGAACGUCAUUUUAUACUUGAUGAAAGAAUUCCCCGGUUUAUAAUUCAUUCCGACCACAUGUUUUUUCAAUCAAUUCCUUAUUCAUCAACAUCCCUACUCUGGAAUUUGCAAACACUAAUUCUUAAUAACAUAGUUGAUGCACCAUCUGAAAUUUGGGAGAUGCGACAACUUAGGCAUCUAAAUAUCCUUAAGCUAUACCUUCCCCAUCCUCCUCAGAGUCGUAAGCAACAAAAGAAGGACAUUCUUUUGCCAAAUCUGCAGACACUUAAAAAUGUAAUUAACUUCAAAUGGAGUGAGGAGGUUUGUAAGAGUGUACCCAAUGUGACGAAAUUAAAUCUAGUGGUAUAA